ACACCGCCACCUACCACAGGUUCAGGAUGAAGUUGCAGUUGGCGGUAUUGUUGGCGGGCGUUUCUCUGGCGGUGGCGGGACCACUCCACGAGCCUUCACGAGACACCCACGGGGCGCAGGUACUUAGGGUGAAGGUGACGGACCUCGCGGACCUGAGGUACUUUGCGUACCUGCAAUCGCAUACCACACUGGACUUCUGGACUGAGCCGCGUGCCCUGGGCGAAAUCGACAUCAUGGCCCGGCGUUGGGACCUGCCGAUGUUGAAGGCGGUGAUUCAGCAGCGUAAACUGCAGUACAGUGUACACAUCGCCGACGUCCACCGCCACCUCGAUGACCUGAAGGAGAGGCACCUGCAGGCCCGGACCAAGGCUGGGGACGCCAGGCUGUCGUGGGACGCCUACUACAACUAUGACGAGAUCAAUGCGUGGCUGGACAGUUUGGCCGCCGAUUACCCGUCCAUUGCGACCGUAACGGACGUGGGCACGUCUUACGAAGGACGUACCAUGAAGCUCCUUAAGCUGUCCACCGGAGGGACCGGCAAAGAUGCCAUCUUCACUGACGGCGGUAUCCACGCCAGAGAGUGGAUCGCCCCUGCCACAGUGACGUACUUCAUCCAGCAACUGGUGGCUGGUGAUGGCGUCGGUCUGCUGGACUCGGUGGAUUUCUACUUCAUGCCAGUCAUCAACCCUGAUGGUUAUGCAUACACCUUCACUGACGACCGUCUGUGGCGCAAGACGCGUUCCCCCAACGCCGGGAGCCCCUGCGUGGGCACGGACCCCAACAGGAACUGGAGCUUCCACUGGAUGGAGGGUGGGGACUCGCUGGCCAGAGCAGCGGUGGCCGCCCUCACGGCCGUCCACGGCACGCAGUACGAAGUCGGCUCCUCGACCAACACCAUCUACAUCGCUGCUGGAGGCUCUGAUGACUGGGCCCUCGGUGUAGGAGGGUCUGAGUACGCAUACACCAUCGAGCUCAGGGACCAGGGGCUUUACGGGUUCGAACUCCCGGAGAGAUUAAUAAUUCCUACGGCCGAGGAGACGUGGGAAGGGUUCAAGGUGGUUGCCCAGUUCAUUGCCGACAACCCCUCGACAAAAUAGAGUAAUAUUGCGUAUUUUUCUCGUGAAAUUUCGGAGUUCCGAAGUGCGAUCUUCAAAAACUGGUCUAUUCAAAUAAUGUCGACCCAUAUACCAUAUACCAUUAGAUAUACCAUAUAUCAUAUACUAUAUACCAUAU